UAAUACCAUUGCCUGAAUAUUCCAGGUCAACACACGGCAGAUAUCGUCGACAACAGCCGCCCACGGAAACAGACACAGCCAUGCCCGAAUACAGUGAAGAACAACUUCAACAGCUCUUGAAGACGAGCCAUGAGAUGAAAAAAAUGGCGUACUGUCCGUACAGCAAGUUCCCAGUCGGGGCCGCGCUGCUAACAGCUGACGGUAAAGUGUUCACAGGUUGUAAUGUUGAAAAUGCCUCAUAUGGCCUGACGAUUUGCGCCGAGAGGACAGCCAUUGUCAAGGCCGUAUCAGAAGGUCACCGGAAGUUCACAGCCAUUGCCAUUGCAAGCGACAUGAAAGAAAUGAUUGUGCCUUGUGGUCUGUGUCGACAGUCUCUGGUCGAGUUUGGUGUGGACUGGGAUAUGUAUAUGACGAAACCGGAUAUGACGUACAAAUUAAUGAAAGUCAAGGAGUUAGUUCCCUUGGCGUUUGUUCCUGCCGACCUUCAGCGAGAGAGAUUACCGGCGAGAAACACAGCAGGUCCUUCUUAAAUAACAGUUUAUUCCAAGCUCUGUGACCUUCUGACCUCCGGGAAGCAACAUGGAGUCAUAUAUUAUAAUAUAUAGUAUAUUUCAUUUUUGUACUCUUCACUAUAGUUGCAUCAUACGCUUAUCAUUCAGUCGCGGACGGUGGGAUAGUCGUGAAAGCGCUCGCUCGUCACACUGAGGACAAGGUUCUAUUCCUAAUAUGGGUAUAAUGAGUGAAGUCCAUUUGUGGUGUUCCCUGCAGUGAUAUUUCUAGAAUAUUGCGGAAAGCGGCGUCAAACUAAGCUCCUUCACCCACUCACUCUCUCAUUGAGUCUCAGUCAUGAAGCAUUACCUGACCUGUCCUUGAAAGAAACCUGUGUGAACAUUGGUAAAUAUGAAUUAAUAGCGGAUCCUUUUCAAUGUCUUGGUCAUUUUGUUUCCUAAAAUUCCAUCUUUGCUAAAGACAACGUCAUAGAACACACUCUAGCACUCUAGUACACCCUUUUGGAUUAAACUACAUCCGGCUCAGGAACGACCGAAUGUAUAAGCUGUCGACAACCAAAAU